AUGGCCUCUACCCCUUCGAGUCGCCUGCGAUUGACACCGUCGAACUCGCCUUUCCUCCCGCGACCUGCCCGAUCUCCGAAACGCGGCCGAACCCCGCCAGCUCCCGAUUCACGACUGUCCCUCAGACGAGUCGUCGGCACCACCUGCGCCUCUCCAACCGGUUUUGAUGCCGUACAGUCUUCCUUUGCCUACAUUGCUGGAGGAGCCGCUGUCGUCGUAGACGUAAACGGAGACGAAUACUCCCAGCGCUUCUACAGAGCCCGACCGACAGCCCAGCCGCUCUAUAGCACCCCGCCACUUCCGUACUCGCCCUCUACGCCCAACUCCACCCCGAAAGCGAACGAUAGCCGGAAUAGAGUCUCUUUGCGGGAAUCCGCGUUCGGCGCCGAAUCCCCCACCUCCAAAACCUGGACCAGCCGCGAGCGUAUCAAGGCAGCGACAUGUUUAGCUCUAAGCAAGCAGGGCCGGUUUCUUGCUGUUGGCGAGACGGGGUACGCCCCUCGCGUGCUCAUAUACAACCUUGAAGAGCGCUCCUCCGAUACUCCGCUUGUCUCUAUUAGUGAACAUGCGCAUGGGGUCAAGGCGGUUGCGUGGUCCCCCGACUCCAAAUACCUCGCUUCGCUUGGGUCCGCGAACGACGGCUAUCUCUACAUAUGGAGAGUUGACACAAAGACAGGUGCUGCGAAACUGUUCCAGCAAAACAGGUGCACCUCUUUUAUUCGCGGCAUGGUCUGGAUGGGCAACAAUCUCAUCACGUUAGGCGUGCGUCAUGUCAAGAUAUGGCGUAUUGAGGAGGCGCAAGCGACAUCUCCCAUGAAGCAGAAAUUCGCUGGAGACUUGAACCCUUCUACCCAAUCGUCUAAAACAUUGCCCGGUAGAAACGUACUACUCGGCAAUAUGAUAGACGCUACAUUCUCUUGCGCUGCUGCCAUUGACGACACAAAGGCCAUCAUCUGUUCUGAAACGGGGGAUGUGUGCCUGUUCGAUGACACUGGCAAGCAGAUGAAGAUGGCACCGAUCCUCGAAAGUGGGUUUGUAACAACUUGCGUAGCCGUUCAUGACGGUGUCGCCUAUGUUGGCGGCAAGUCCGGGGGUUUCGUAACCCUGGAUUUGGUAUCCUUCAUGAGAAGCAAUAAGUCCUGUGUUCGGACGACUACGGAAUCGUCUCCGUACGCGGGGCUAUUUGCUCUGGGAUUCCUGAAACAGAACAUGGUCACAGUCGACGCCAAACGCUCCAUACACAUCUGGAAACUCGAUCCCAUCCCUGGGGAUAUCAACACCAAGUCGACCUCAAUCCCGAUACCAGGACACCAAGAUGCCAUAUUGGGCAUCGAAAGUCUGUUUCGCCCAAACCCGUCGGACGCUGAUUUCUACAGUUGGUCGGGGUCGGGACAGGUCGUAUUGUGGGAUGUCGAUGGCAAUACCAAGUCGACUUUCCAGGUUCCUCUGGAAGAGGCUUUCUUUGAGGAGGAGCCUGACUUCUUCAACCAAAUGACGACCAUCCGAGCUACCAAAGGCGGCAAGUUCUUCGUCACCGGAGAUAAGCUGGGGAUCAUCAAGAUCAUCGACUUCUCCACGUUCAAAUGUGUUUCGUCUAUGAAAGCACACUCAUCUGCUUGCCAUUCUAUCACCGUCUAUGAAGACGAGUUGAGAUGCCUCAUAGCAACCUCUGGCCGUGACCGUACAGCACAGCUAUUUCAUAAAACAACAAGUGGCGAGUUCGAUCAUUUCCAGACGUUGGAAUUUGCAGCCAGGGUAGCCCAAGUCUUGAUUCCCUCACCCGAUAUGGUCAUCACCUGUUCCCUGGACAGGACUUUGCAAAUCCAUGACCUAGUCACCAAAGAGGGUGACUCAGAUGUUCUGGCGGCUAUUCCUUCCAAAUCUCUUCCUCUGAAAACAUCACCCGCGUCGAUGGCCAUGGCGCAAGAUGGAAAGACCCUGUUCGUCUCGCUGUCAGACCGUUCUGUUUGUCUGUACGACAUGGAGCACAAAAAAGUCUCAACCACCUUCAAGUGCCUCGACGAAAGCGGUACCGAGUCAGUCGUUCUGGACUCGCUGAUUACCCGUCCGGCCAGUGAAAGAGAACCCGCAUUCCUUCUCGGCAUCUCGAACACAGACAAGUCUAUCAGAAUAUAUGACGCCCAGACAGGCCGCUUCUUGGACAGAGAAUGGGGUCAUACUGAGGCCAUCAAUGGCGUGGCAUUAGUGGAAGAGGAUGACAACCGCCGAAAGGUCGUCAGUGUCGGAUCUGAUGGAACAAUCAUGAUAUGGGACAUGGACUUGCAAGACCGGACUUGCGGCUCCGUUAGUCGCGACCCCUCCCCUGUCAAGGACGGUUCAGCUAUAGCGCGACCGACACUGCGACGCGUCUUAUCCAAGGCUGAACUUGCUGAAUUCCAACGUCCUUCGUCGGCUUCUGGACGCAGAUCACCACCGAGAACACUCGCAAAAAAGAGAUCACUUUACAGCCUUUCAUCGGCAAGACCUAUGUCGGCACUUCAGUCGAGUCCACUUAUUGCCGAAGACGGGCCCUCGAGGAGAACAUCGGCCGGCAGCCGAAAUGGCAGCCCUCCAGUCAGUCCUAAGACGAGAGUGACUAGGCGUCCAUCUUUACCGGCACUGAACUUGGCCAAAACCAAGAGCAACAGCAACCUGAGAGCCUUUGGGUCACUGAACAUGGCCACCGAGCAGACCUGUCGGACCCUUCGCACAUACCGGAGGAAACUUGCCUCGACCGAUCCCAUAAGCCAGGAUCUGCUUGCUGAGUUGGACCAAGAACUCCGCCUUACGGCUGUUGCCUUGGGAGACCGAGCGACAAGAACCAAGGCGCUGGGUGAUACCAUGUUGAAUGGUCUUCUAGACCAGUACUCGGAGCGAUUGGUCUCGCUCCUGGAUCAAAAGCUUCGAAUUAACCGCCACUCGUCAGUGGAUCCAGAACCAGAGUCGCCUGUAGGUGGUGCUGGGUCCUCUGACGCUGGCUCGAGUAUCGCUAGUAAUGGCUCGGCCGAGACUCCCACGUCCAUCUAA